AUGGCUUCUGUAAAUAAAGCUUCUGUAAACAAAGCGACAACGACUAGAGAGAAGAAGUAUGAUAUUUACGUACAUGAAACAGUGGUCUGCUGUCAAGGUGCUAUUUAUGACCUUCUUUGGAUUGUUUGCGAUGAUAAUCAGAGGAAAAAGGUUGCAGAAUCUAGUUUGCAGGGGUUACUACAUCUACGUGAUAUUCAAAUUCGUCGCCAAACAGUAAAAGCUGAUACUUUCGAUCCGGAAGUUGAGGCAUUUAUUGUGAACAACAAACAGUUAAAGAUACAUCUGGAAGAUGUAGUUAAUAUCAUGGAUCUGCCUUCGGCAGGGGGGAUCCCUGAUAUUAAACUUAGGUAUGCAGACAAGAAGCUUGAGUUCGAAAGAAAACAGAAACAAGGCCAACUGUUCAGAUUAUACGUAGACCCAAAAGAGCAAGCAAUCACCUACAAGGGCCUAGUGCAACAAAUAAGAGAAAGCAAAGGAUCUACGGACGAACACUUCUUGAGGAGAAUUGCUUUGUGUGUAAUUUGUCGACUGCUAUGUCCAAGUACAAAGUCACAAGUCAGUUCAGAAUAUUUGAACCUUAUGUUGGACGAUGGUGAUGUAAAUAAGAUAAAUUGGGCAACCCUGACACUUGAUCACCUGAUUGCGUGCUUGAAGCAGUACAAGAACAAUAAGCAAACAAAUCUUGCUGGCAACCUCGCUCUCUUACAGGUGUGGUACUGGGAGAAAUUUUAUGUGAACAAAGUUAAGCACAAUAUAGAUAUAGAUUACUCUCCUCGACAGAAGCCUUUGAUACAAUCGUGGGACAAGGAGAAGGUGGCAAAGAGGGAACAUGCCAACUUUGCCGAGGGAGAUGUAAGUAAAGGAUUGUGUACAUGA